UAUCCACAUUAUUCUAUGUCGUGAUCAGGCUUUUAAGAAUGUAAACAAACUCAACUGUUUAGGUUAUUGAGGACAUGACAAAUAAAUUAGAAAGUGCUUCGCAUGUGAAUGUUUUUUCUAUGAUAAGAUUAAAUUUAAAGUAAUAUUUAUUGUUUUAGCCACCACCUGGUCUGUUGUGUUGUGGGAGGCAGGCUGCUGACCCCUGAAGGUGCCCGGCAGGAGGCGUGAUGCAGCAGCCACACGGCACCGUGCGCACGCAGGGCGAUGGCAUGGAGACCGUGCUCCCCGGGGGGGCGGAGGCCCGGGCCGCCGGCAGCAAGCACCUGCUGGGCGACACGCUCAUCUACCGGCCGGACGACACCCGCUACUCCCCCGCCCCGCCGGUCGUCACGGGCAAGGUGGUCCACCUGGUGCCGCAGUCGCGCAACCGGCGCAGGAUCCUCGACGGCCUGAAGCUGAAGGAGCCCAAGUUCGUGCCGUACGAGCCGUACAAGGCCGCCGUCACGCCCUUGGUGCCGCUGGACCGCAAGGGCCGGGCCGAGCGCAAGAGGAGCGGCCUCGCUGCCAGCCUCGCGAGCCUGAGCCUGCGGGCGGCCUCGGAGCCCGGCGUCGAGACGGGUCCUCCAGGCGUGGACGGCGAGCUGGAGGAGGAAAAGAAGGCCUUGCAGACGGAGUUGAACACCCUCAAAGAAGAGAAUUCCCAGCUGGAGAGCCAGCUUAAGUUCCAGGCACAAGUGAACGGGGAGCUGAAGGCACUCCUGGUGGCGGCGGUGGGCGAGGACAUGCAGGCGCGGGUGAACCACCUGGCGGAGGACAAGCUGCAGCUGGCGCGGGCGCUGCUCGGCUCGGCCCAGCGCCUCUCCACGCACCGCGAGCAGACCGAGUGGCUGGCGGGCCAGUGCGAGGUGUGGCGCAGCAGGUUCCUGGCCUCGGGCCUCGUGGUGGAGGAGCUGGCCCGCUGGCGGGCGGCGCUGCAGGAGGCCCUCGGGAGGCUGCUGGAGGAGCGGCGCGCGCUCCGCGACUCCCUGCUGCCCACACACAGGAACCUGUCGGUGCUGCGGGAGAACUUCGAGGCAGCCGGGGGCAGGCCGGCGCGGCUGCAGUCGUCCAGCGUGCUGGAUGUGUCGGCUGCGAACCGUGCGCUCAGCGAGGCGCUGGUGCUGCAGCUGCUGGGCGGCUGGGACCGGCGCGUGUGCCGCCAGCCGGACCUCACGGGACUCGACGCCUCCACCCGGGCGGAGAGGGUCGCCGAGGCGCUGCUGGCCAGCCCCGUGCCCCUUCUGCGGUCGGACGCAGCGUGCAGCGCAAUCCUGGGCGCGGCGGUGGCCGUGGGCGGGCACGGCCUGCCCGCGUCGUGCUGCCCCCACUGCAGCGGCGAGGUCAAGCUGGUCUGACGGCGCCUCCCGUCGUUCCUUACACGUCGUCUUCCUCAUCCACGAGCAGAGCCGAGCUUCCGUGGCUUAUGUACUGCUCCGUUUCAUUCUUCAAAUGUUACUGGUCUUAUUUUUAUAAAUGCCUAUAUUCUUUUGUGAAGAUAGUACAAUAGAACCCCUUUUUUUACACUGUUCAAAGGGGUGUCUGAAAAUGUAAAAUGUGGGGAAGUGUAAAAUAAGAGAAAUAUAUGAAAAUUAUUUUUUGUUCAGAGAA